AUGAUGUUUUCUCCAUUUAAGUAUUCUCAUACUUUAUUAGCUCAUAAAAGACUGGCAUUUGUUUUCACUAGCCAAAGUAGAUCCUUUGAAAAACUGGUGAAAAUUGGGAAUGUCUCGGCUGCUAUUUCGAAACCAAAGAACCCUCUUCUGGUACCUAUAAAUUAUUUGCCCAAGUCUCCUAGCAAGACUACGCUGGAGCAUCUACAAUGGAUAAUGAAGAAGGACAUUUUAGGUCAGGAUGUGUUCCUAAUUGGAUUGCCUGGUCCAUCGAGGGCAAGGGUGAUUCUGCAGUAUUUAGAACUGAUGCAAAGGGAAGUGGAAUAUGUGGUACUCACUCGCGACACCACCGAAAACGAUUUGAAACAGAGGAGAGAGAUAGUCGACGGAACGGCUCAUUUCGUUGACCAGAGUGCAGUGACCGCUGCCGUAGAAGGAAGGUUUCUCAUCCUGGACGGCAUCGAGAAAGCGGAGAGAAAUGUCCUUCCAAUUCUGAAUAAUUUGCUGGAAAAUAGGGAGAUGCAGCUUGAAGAUGGACGGUUCUUGUUAGGUCACGAGCGGUACGAUAAACUCCUUCUCAAACAUACUCAAGAAGAACUAGAUGCGCUGAAACUUGUGCGGAUUUCGGAGAAUUUCAGAGUCGUGGCUUUAGGACUACCAGUGCCUCCAUUCAAAGGAAACCCGCUCGAUCCUCCAUUCCGAUCUCGAUUUCAAGCUCGCCAUGUGCAAUCCAGUUAUGAGGAUCAAGUUCUGGCAUUUUCCAAUUCAGAAAGAAAAAUCGAUGAAAGCAGUUUCAAGAGUUUUCUGUCUGCUUGCUAUGCACUCAUAUCGCCUGAAGCAGCUAAUUUAGGUUUGCUGAAAUUCCCUGUUGAAAAUUUAUCUUCUGUUAUUAAAAUACUUGCCGAAGUUCCCAGUGUCUCAAGGGAGUUAUUAAUAAGAUGGAUGUAUCCAUAUAACAUAAUUUUAUCUAAAGAAUCUCAAAAAUCUGUCAAAGGGAUAUUGGAGACUUUCUCUAUUCUUCACGAACAACCUAAGACGGAUUUUAAAGUGACUGAAAAAAGAGAUAGCUCACAUCCUUAUUUAACACAUUCUUUAGAAAUUUCAACCCCCAAAAAUGUAGUUGAAUGUGACAUCAUCGGUCACAAAACUAAUAGUAAGCAUUCUCUUAAUUUUGUUCCGAAUUCUUAUCACAACAGAAUGUUGGCAGAAAUGUUGCAGACUCAUAUAAGUCACGAUUUUUGCAUAAUUGGAGAAAAAGGAAGUGGGAAAACUAUGUUAGUAAGAAAAUUUGCAGCAUUACUUAACUACCCCAUUGAAAUGAUUAUGCUGUAUAAAGAUAUGACCGCAAGAGAUUUCUUGCAGCAAAGAGUCACAGAUGAAAGUGGAAACACUCUAUGGAAGUCCUCGCCUAUUGUGGAAGCAGCGUUAGCGGGAAAACUUUUAGUUCUGGAUGGUUUACAUCGCUUGCACUCCAGUAUAUUUUCCAUUUUACAGCGACUCAUACAUAACAGAGAACUACAGCUGUAUGAUGGCACCAGACUCAUAUCGCAUGACCAAUAUGAUACUUUAAAGAAAACGUAUGAGUUAUCGGACUCGGACAUGGAGGCCAAUAAAAUCUUACCGGUACAUCCUGCUUUUCGUAUCAUAGGCCUUGCUGAACCACCAAAACUUCAAAAUUCAAAAGACCAAUGGAUAACUCCUGAAAUAAUGUCCAUGUUUCUUUUCCACACCAUUCGCCCUCUUUCGUUAAAGGAAGAAGCUAUGGUGAUCAAUAGCUUAGUUGGGAAAAUGGAUGACAAAUUUAAUUCGGUAUUAACAUUUGCUCAUGCUUUAAGAAAUUCUGCAGACGAUGCGUUGCAAAGUGUUAGUGCUUCUUUUUCUACGAGGCAGCUUGUACGAAUUGCUCGAAGACUUCAUAACUUCCCGGAAGAGAAUGUAUACAACUUAGUGACGCAGGCAUGUGUAAUGAGUUUUUUGCCUCAACUCACCAAAAAAGCUGUUGAAAAUGUCCUUGAAAACUGUGACAUUAAGAGUGUAAAAGGAUCAGCUCCAAAAGAAAUCUUUGUUGCUGAUGACAUGCUACAUGUAGGAUCUACUACUGCUCCUCUCUUCAAACCAGGAUCAAGUGAAGUUAAAGUGCCUGAAAUUUUAUUCUAUAACAGCCCAGAACAUUUACAAGUCAUGGAAGCUAUGCUUCAGGAUUUUCUUUUAGGCGAACAUUUGCUUUUGAUUGGAAAUCAAGGUGUUGGCAAGAACAAAAUUACCGAUCGCUUCCUGCAGUUGCUGAAUCGCCCUCGAGAAUAUAUUCAGUUGCAUCGUGAUACCACAGUGCAGUCUCUGACACAGCAACCAACUGUGAGGGAUGGCAAAAUUAUGUAUGAAGACUCUCCACUAUUGAAAGCUGUUCAGAAUGGUCAUGUAUUAGUUGUUGAUGAGGCAGAUAAAGCUCCUACACACGUUACCAGUGUCUUGAAGGCUCUGGUUGAAUCCGGGGAAAUGAUUCUGUCGGAUGGACGACGAAUCAUUCACCAUUCAGAUCAAAGACCGAGUGAUGAUAAGCGUGUUGUCAUGCAUCCGGAUUUUCGAAUGAUAGUUCUUGCAAACAGACCUGGGUUUCCGUUUUUGGGAAAUGAUUUCUUUGCAACGUUGGGUGAUAUAUUCAGCUGUCAUGCAGUUGACAAUCCAAGCCUGGAAUCUGAAAUGUCUAUGCUCAGACAGUAUGGGCCUAACGUACCAGAAUAUGUGCUCGACAAAUUAGCAAAGUUUUUCGGAGAGUUACGUUCCAUGUCGGAUGCGGGGCUGAUAUCCUAUCCGUACUCUACUCGAGAAGUCGUCAAUAUAGUGAAGCACAUCGAUAAAUUUCCUAACGAGGGAAUAUCUUUCGUUUUGAAGAAUGUUUUUGAUUUUGAUUCUUUUAGUUCUGAACUGAAAGAAACACUGAAUAACUUAUUUGAGAAAUAUGGAAAACAAUCGCUUCAGAAUUCUUUUCUGGAGUGGAAGAAACUUGCUGGUGUCGAUAGAGAGCAGUUGAAUUUGGAAUAUGUGAAUAAAAAUCUUGCGUCAAAGCCCAAACAUGGUAAAGUUGACCCAACUGGCGCUCCACAUGUUGGUGGAAACACAUGGGCAGGCGGAACUGGAGGGAGGGAUACCGCUGGCUUCGGUGGUAAAGGAGGCCCAUAUCGACUUGAUGCUGGACACGAUGUGUAUCAAGUGUCCGACCAGGAAAAAGAAGCCGUUCCUCUGGAAGUCAGAGAAGCCGCGAGGGAGAUGGCCAUGAAGGUUUAUAAGGAGAAACUGAAGGAGAUAGAAAUGAGCGAUUACGACGCAGAAAUGUACGAGAAGUUUUUCAACAGUGUCAAGAAAGAGGUGAACUUGCUACGUGUCAUUCUCGACAGUCUCCAGGCUAAGAGUAAGGAGAGGCUAUGGUUGCGACAUCAGACAUCGGGGGAACUGGACGAUAUGAAGCUCAUUGAAAGCAUUACCGGGGAGAAAUUGAUUUAUAAAAGGAGGGGUGAUCAGGAACCCGAAAUCGGGAGCCCUCAAGAGAAACCGAAACUUCUGAGGCUCGUUGUAGACGUCAGUGGCAGCAUGUACCGUUUCAAUGGCCACGAUGGUAGGUUGGAAAGGGAAAUGGAGAGUCUCGUUCUCGUUAUGGAAGCACUCGAUGGGUAUUUCGAUAAACUGCAGUUCGAAAUAGUUGGCCAUUCUGGUGAAGAUUAUAACAUUGAUUUUUCCCAGUUCGAUAAGCCGCCCAAAAACAACAAAGAACGAUUAGAAAUUUUGAAAAAAAUGUACCUCCAUUCACAGUUUUGUAUGAGUGGAGAUAACACGUUGCCUGCGACUGAGCAUGCAAUAAGGACUAUCACAGAUCAGGAGGCUGACGAAUACUUUGUUAUUGUACUGAGUGACGCCAAUUUUGAUCGAUAUGGUAUCCUGCCUUCUACGUUUAGCGCAUUAUUAACAUCGAAUCCAAAAGUGAAUGCUUUUGCAAUAUUUAUUGGUUCUUUAGGUAAUCAAGCUCACGUUCUAUCCAAACAGUUGCCUGCAGGAAGAGCUUUUGUUUGUUUCGAUUCUGCUGACCUCCCACAGAUUUUGCAAAAGAUAUUUACUUCUGCAUUACUUCAUUGA